GCGGAACCUGUUGAGCAACUCCCGAGUCAGCGCAGUUUCUAUUGGCUGUCGUCACGCGGCUUCACGUCUUCAUUUGUAUCAUUUCUUCUUUCCGCGUCAUUGUCGUGGACUCUCGACACGAGAGCGGACAUGUCGAGGUGGAGACAAAAAGCUCGUAGCGCCAGCCUGGGGGAUCUGCCCACGGACAGCUGGAUGAGUGGCGUGCCGCCGGCCCUGUGGGACACCCCGCUGUGCCACCUGGCCAUCCCGGGCAGCCACAACGCCAUCACGUACUGUCUGGACAGCAGCCGACGAUCCCCCGUGGACCCGGCGCAGCCCGACAUGCUGCAGAAACUGGACAGGUUCAUGAAGCCCCUCGUCCGGCCCUUCGUGUACAAGUGGGCCGUAACGCAGGAGUCGUCGGUGACGCAGCAGCUGGACUGCGGCGUCCGCUACUGCGACCUGCGGAUCGCGCACAGGCCCGACGACAGCUCCGCCGACCUCUACUUCUACCACGGCGUCUACACGACGCUCACCGUGGAGACGGUUCUGGGCGAGAUCCGCCAGUGGCUGGACGCUCACCCCAAGGAGGCGCUGGUGCUGUCCUUCAGCCACUUCCUGGACGUCAGCCGCGAGCUGCACGCGCUGCUGCUCGCCACCAUCCGGAACGUCUUCGCCUCCAAACUCUGCCCCAAAAUGGAAAAGGAAGCGCUAACCCUCCGGAAGUUGUGGUCGUCGGGCUACCAGGUGAUCGUGUCGUACGAGCACCCCGCCGUCGCCGCCGCCCACCGCGACCUUUGGCCUCACAUUCCUUACUGGUGGGCCAACAAGUGCAAAGCCGAGGCCCUCGUUGAAGCCUUCGAGCUCACGAAGCGACGGGGGAGACCGGGAGGUUUUUUCGUCACGGGAAUCAACCUGACGGCGGACCUGAAGUACAUCUGCACGCACCCGACCGAGUCCCUGAAGGACUUGGCGACGUCCGCCGACCCGGCGCUGCUGACGUGGCUGGCGGAGCAGACGCCCGGCGACCGGCCGGGGGCCCUCAACAUCGUGGCGGCGGACUUCGUCACCGAGAGCCGCUUCGCGCGAACCGUCGUGGCGCUCAACGACAAACUCUUGCACUGAGAACCGCCAGACCCUCCGACACAAAAAAAAAAAGCAUGAAAUGCACAAAACACGCCGGAAUACUUGAAGUACUCGCCGCACAUCGCACGCCGUCCUCCACUUCGAUGCAAUUUUUUUUUUUUCGAUACCUGUAAAGGUGACCAAAGCAAUAACAACGCAGGUAAUAUUGUAAUAUUGUUACGCGUGCCAUCCGAGGUCCGCAGUCCUACAAGUACGUCAAUUUUAAGAUUCAAGACUGUCCUGAAGCGAGAACCGGAGGAUUUGGUUCUUCCUCCCGGCCCAAAUCUAUGUGACAUCGCCGCGAGAGAAACGAUGUCGUUUCAAAGCUGUGACACACAAUAACGCGUCAUCCGCGA